CUGCGAUCCGGGCCGGGCUGGCGCUGCGAUCCGGGCCGGGUUUUGCGGCACGCCCCCCCUCCCCUUCCUAUGAACUCCAAUCCAGCUCGCUCUAUUGCCUCAAUAUGUCUCAAGAUGGCCGCCAAUGUGGGAUCGAUGUUUCAAUAUUGGAAGAAAUUUGAUUUACAACUGCUUCAGAGGGAACUUGAUGCUACUGCUACAGUAUUGGCCAAUCGACAGGAUGAGAGUGAACAGUCCAGAAAAAGACUUAUUGAUGAAAGUCGUGAAUUUAAGAAGAGCACGCCAGAGGACUUGAGGAAGCUUGUGGCUCCAUUACUGAAGAGUUUCCAGGCAGAGAUUGAUGCACUAAGUAAAAGAAGCAAAGAAGCAGAGGCAGCCUUUUUGAAUGUUUACAAAAGAUUAAUUGAUGUUCCAGAUCCUGUUCCAGCAUUGGAUCUAGGACAGCAACUCCAACUCAAAGUUCAGCGUAUGCAUGACAUUGAAACAGAGAAUCAGAAGCUCCGCGAAACACUUGAGGAAUACAAUAAAGAAUUUGCGGAAGUCAAGAACCAGGAGGUUACAAUAAAGGCACUUAAAGAAAAAAUCAAAGAAUAUGAGCAGACUUUGAGUAGCAGAGCAGAAAUCCUUGCACUUGAAAAAGAACAGAAAUUACAAAAUGACUUCACUGAAAAGGAAAGAAAACUACAGGAGACUCAGACAUCCUUGGCCUCAAAAUUUGAGGAAGCUGAUCAUAAAGUUCAGGCAUUACAGACAGCCUUGGAAUCAACACAGACUGAAUUAUUUGAUUUGAAAACAAAGUAUGAUGAAGAAUCAACUGCCAAAGCAGAUGAAAUUGAAAUGAUCAUGACAGAUCUGGAACGAGCCAAUCAGAGGGCUGAAGUGGUUCAGAGAGAGGCAGAGUCCUUACGAGAGCAGCUUUCCUCAGCUAACAAAUCCCUUCAACUGGCCACUCAGAUUCAGAAGGCUCCUGAUGUGGAACAAGCUAUUGAAGUGUUAACACGAUCAAGUCUGGAGGUUGAAUUAACUGCAAAAGACCGUGAAAUAAUGCAGUUAGUUGAAGACGUGCAACGAUUGCAGGCAAAUCUGACGAAACUCCGUGAGACCUCAGCAAAUCAGGUCUCACAACUUGAGCAGCAACUUACUGCAAAGAAUAGCACACUCAAGCAACUGGAGGAAAAGCUAAAAGAACAGUCUGACUAUGAAGAAGUUAAGAAGGAACUGAGUAUCUUGAAGUCCAUGGAAUUUGUACCAGCAGAGGGAUCUGGAGCACAGGAUGCAUCCAAGACUCUAGAGGUACUUCUGCUGGAAAAGAACCGCUCACUACAAUCUGAAAAUGCAACUCUGCGUAUCACCAACAGUGACCUUAGCGGGUCAGCUGGGAGAAAUGGGAAAGAACGACUUGAAAGUCUGCGUCCUUCGACCUCACCAACUCCCCCUCCCUCAAAGUUGCUGCGCAACACGAAUGAGCAGGCUUCCAGUGCUAAUGGUACGCACCAAUUUUCACCGACGGUUUUAGGUCAAGAUUUUUACAGUUCAUCAUUGGCAAGCUCCCCGAUCCCCCUGGCCUCUGCAGGGAAAUUUGCACUAAACUCGCUUCUUCAGCGGCAGCUAAUGCAGUCCUUCUACUCCAAGGCAAUGCAGGAUGCGGGAAGCACAACCAUGCUUUUUCCAACAGGUCCUUACAGCACAAACUCCAUAUCAUCCCCAAGCCCCAUACAACCGAGCGCUGACUUGAAUGGAAUGAUCCCUUCACCCAGCCAGUCAGAGAGUGCUGGAAGCAUAUCCGAGGGCGAGGAGCUGGAUACAGCGGAAAUUGCACGGCAGGUUAAAGAGCAGUUGAUCAAGCACAAUAUUGGCCAACGGAUAUUUGGACAUUAUGUACUGGGGUUGUCUCAAGGCUCUGUAAGUGAAAUAUUGGCCAGACCGAAACCGUGGAAUAAGCUGACUGUUCGAGGGAAGGAGCCCUUUCACAAGAUGAAGCAAUUCCUGUCUGACGAACAGAAUAUUCUGGCCUUGCGGAGCAUCCAGGGCAGGCAAAGAGAGGUUCCAGGCCAGAACAUACAAAGAAUGUUGCAGGAAGUAAAGAAACGAAGAUAUGGUUCAGAAGGCAACAUCACAACACGGAUCAGAACCCCUGAGACGGGCUCUGAUGAGGCCAUCAAAUCAAUUCUUGAACAAGCCAAGAGAGAACUACAGGUGCAAAAAAAUGUGGAUUCAACUCAGCCACCUUGUACAUCCAGCAGUGGUGGUUCAGAUGAAGCAAUAUGGUCAAUACUGGAACAGGCCCGGCGUGAGAUGGAAGCUCAGAAGGCUGGCCUUGAGCCGACACCGAAGCCAACACCUGUUGCGCAAGCUGACUUGACCCUUCAUUCAUCCAAAGUAGCAGCAGCAGCAUCAUCAUCAUCAUCAUCAUCAUCAUCAUCAACAAUAUCAACAUCAACGUCGUCGUCAUUAUCAAUCUCUUCCUCAUUAACAGUCAUGAAAAAGCCUUCCAUAAUGGAUUCCAGUAACAAUGCAACACAGACUUCUCAUGGAUUAAAAAAGGAACCAGUACAUGAAUUAUGCACCUCAGAACACCAUGGUGUUGCAGAAACACCGCAUAAUGUGCUUAAGCAAGUUAAAAAUGAAUUGGGACGAGGUAGUACCUGGAGGGACCAGUGGUGGAACACAGUCUGCCCAGACAGAAGAAAUCCAGAAGAUGGAAGAGCAGAGGAAAAUAGCAGUGGAAGAGAUAGGUUUAAUAAUCCAAGCAGACUUGAUCGAAACACAUUGCAAGGGCCUGCUUCAUCUGACCAUUGGAAGGACUGGCAAAACACUGAAUCCCCUUAUUCUCAAGCAUCUGAUUUAGGCACAGUGGUUCCUGGUAGUAGUGUGACCCCACAGAGCAGUCCCCUGCCUUCUUCACCUCUUAUUCCUGUUUCUAAACCACUUAAGCCUUCUAUACCACCACUAACACCAGAGCAGUAUGAGAUCUACAUGUACCAGGAGGUGGACACAGCUGAACUAACACGACAAGUGAAGGAAAAGUUAGCCAAGAAUGGGAUCUGCCAGAGGAUCUUCGGGGAAAAAGUGUUACGUCUGACCACACCACCCAGCUCCUCACCGGCCACAUCAAAUGACUACCGUGGAGCAUUCUGCACUGGAGCAACACCGGUUUUGGGCCUUUCACAAGGGAGUGUGAGUGACAUGCUGUCGCGGCCCAAGCCCUGGAGCAAGUUGACUCAAAAAGGCCGAGAACCCUUCAUUCGUAUGCAACUGUGGUUAAAUGGUGAACUUGGGCAGAAUGUUCUUCCAUCCCAGGUCCAGCAGCCAGGGCAGGAGAUUACCCCAAAGACCUCUGCCAGUUGCAGCCCAGCCCCUGAAUCUCCAGUCAGCUCUGUGGAAUCAGUGAAGAGUGUGGCUGAACUAUCAUCCCAGCACUCAAUAGCCACUGAGAGCAGUAAGGACAUCAAACCCUCCGAAGCAUGCGAACACUCCUCCAAUGAUCCUCAGGUUCUGUCAUCGCUGCCAAUGUCUGGCCAGUCAUCAGUAAGCAUACAGAAGCUGGUAGCCAUGUCUCCUGAACUAGAUACGUAUGCUAUCACAAAGAAAGUCAAGGAAGUGCUAACAGACAAUAACUUAGGCCAACGUCUGUUUGGAGAGACCAUCCUUGGCCUGACACAAGGUUCUGUGUCUGAUCUCCUGGCACGGCCCAAACCCUGGCACAAGCUGAGCCUGAAGGGAAGGGAGCCUUUUGUCCGUAUGCAGCUCUGGCUCAAUGACACAAGCAAUGUUGAGAAGCUAAUGGACAUGAAGAGAAUGGAAAAGAAAGCUUACAUGAAGCGACGACACAGUUCAGUGAGCGAUGGUCAUGGGAGUGAUUCUUCAGUUGCUGGGCUAGACUACAGUCAGAGCGCCAGUCCCCAGCAACAGGUUCAUCUGAAGAAGCCCAGAGUGGUGCUGGCCCCAGAGGAGAAGGAAGCUCUGAAACGGGCAUACCAGCUAAAGCCAUAUCCAUCUCCAAAGACUAUUGAGGAGCUUGCUGCCCAGCUAAAUCUGAAAACAAGUACUGUCAUCAACUGGUUUCAUAACUACAGGUCACGAAUUCGAAGGGAGCUGUUCAUUGAGGAAGUACAGGCAGGGUCUCAAGGUCAGACAGGAUCCGGUGGCUCUCCGUCUGUCAGAGGAAGUAGGACAGGUCACAGUUCAGAAGGGGAGAGCUGUGAUGGAGGAGACUUGGAUGUGGUGGCUGAAGAAAAGGAAAAUGUCAUGGGAGUGGAAAAUUAUAGCACUGGGCGUGUGAGCCCUCAGGGAGGGCAGGUAGAGUCACUUUGUGAUGAGGAUGCAGAGUCUUUUGUACAGGUUGACCUUAAAGAUGACAAAAAGGAAUUGUCCCAGUCAGAAAAAGAUGCUAUGGUAUCUCCAAAUGCUGAGAGUGAAGAUGAGAGGACCCUGAAGCAUCCGGGUCGAAACAAGAGAUCUCAACAGGAAGCACAUUUGUCAGGAGCAUCCUUGGAAGAGUUCCAGAAAAGUCAGUCUUUAGUGCAGUCAGUUGUAGAAGAGGAAAACUCUACCUCAUCGGCCUCCACAUCAGCAACUGUAGGGGAGAUUUCCCGAGAUUUGAAAGAAGAUACCUCUUUGGUGCAGCAGGCGAGCAGUGAGCAGAGCACCAUCUGUGGAGGCUCCUCAUCCUCUUCCGCUGUAGGCUUUCAGAAACGGCUGUUCAAUUUUUCUGACACAGCAUCACCUGCCCAAAAAACGAGCUUGAGAGAGAACAGCUUAAGGCGUAAGAAAGCAGCAAACUUGAACAAUAUUAUCCAUCGUUUGGAGAAGGCUGCAAGUCGGGAAGAACCCAUUGAAUGGGAAUUUUGAGAUUAAAUUAUUAAUUAUGCACAACUCCCGAGAGUUACAUAUUGAGAAACCUCGGACAUUCUGUACUCAUUUUAUCCUGUUACGCACUUAAUGCCCUGCAGGCCACGGGGCAAAAAUGCCAUAGGCCAAGGUGCAUAUAGAAAGGAGAGCAUUAAGUUCUGUUCAUCAUAGCAUUUUCAAAGCCAGAGUUGAAACAUGCAGUUAAGCUUUUGUACCCUGAAGUGUUUUUGUGUCAUGACUGAUUUUCAAACUGUUUGGGAUUAACUGUUACAGCUUUGCCUUCCCCCUCUGCCAAGUGGGCUUCAAGCAGCGGCAACCAUCGGCUAAUGAGGGGAUCUCCUAGCCAUUAAAUGGCAGCAGAGCGAUAUUACACUAUCAACUUCUUAAGCAGAAAAAAAAAUUGGAGAGUUUUCAAAUGACUAGAAUUUUAUAGCUGUUCAGUUGCCACUGAGAGAUUGCACAGUCAUCUGACUCUAAACACACUAGUUUGGUUUCUUAGAUAUUUUGAGAUUUCUUGCUGUUUUAAACUUUGAAAGAGAAAAACACAUUUAGCCCACUUAUUUUUUAAAAAAAGGUUAUGUAAAAAAAAGAUUUGUCAAAAAGAUGUGGUAGGUGAGUUAGUGUUUCCUUGUAUGUGAAUUUGGAAUAAUGAUAUGUAGUGCACAUUGUUUCAUAGCUUUAACUAACUCUGGUUUCUCUGCGGGCCAGGGUUUGUUUAAUACACUCCAUUUUAGGCCAAAUCAGGACAAGAUCUGUACCUAGAUAUUUUAUAACCUGCUUUUUAACCUCUAAACCACAAAGCACGCUGAUCAGACCUCAUAUUAUUGUCUUCUUGUGUGCGAGAGUGUGUGUGAGGACAAGUUUGUAUGUGUGUAAAUUUUUAGGUCUGGCUGAUUUCAUACAUACUGAUGCACAGUUAGAGUGCAUACUGCCACCCUUUCCUCAAUAAGCUAUGUCAUCAAUAGAGUUUGUAUGAAUUAGCUUGUCACAAGUUACAUUUUUCUUGCCAUAUCUUUUAUUAAAACUAACAGUAGAGUAUUUCAGUAUACCAGAAUAUUUUUGUGCUUAUUUAUAGGUGUGGUAUUUUUUUUCUAUCCAUUGUUAGGAAGUGAUGAAAAGGAGCAAGUCUUGUUCUAAAGGGUCAGACUGCCGGCAGUAUUUGGGAUAUUUUACAAGUUUCACUGGAUAAAUAUUGGCUCCUUGACAUCUUACAAGUUUCAGAUUAUUGAUUAGAAUUUGUUCCACAGUGUAAAUUGCAUCAUGAUUUUUGUGUUGGUCUUUUAGGUCAGAAUCCAUUGAAGUAUCUGUGUAGCACAAUCAUAACCUGUCAUUUUAAUUAUAAUAUAUGAACUCUGUUUUCUAUAAUAAUUAUGGUUGAGGAGUUAUAUACCUGAUAUUGCACCACAGCGUGUUGUGUGUAGUUUUUGUAGCAGAUUAUGACUGUUUAUAGGGAAAGCUACAUUAUCUGCAUGAUAUGUUAAAUAAUCAUAUAUUUCUUACAUAAAAAUCGUACAUUGCAUAUUGAUUGAGCACUUAGCUGUUAAGUGUACUUAUGGUUCUGAUUCAACUCCAGCUAGUCAUAGAGAAGGGCUCUAGGAGGCUGCAAGACAGUAAAUUAGAAUGAAAUCCUCCAGCAUUCAUGCCCACCAGAGAGCAUUCCUCAACAUUAAGCUGUAAAAGAUGAAUUGUGAAAAUUAUCUGAAACCAGAACUCCCUGAGAUACAUACUGUUGCUACAGGCAUGAGUGCAAAAUCACCCAGUACAAAUCUUCCACCCAGUGUUGGAGUAUAGUAUAUAAUUACUGGUAAACCACCAAGGGCUGUUCCCAUGUUUCUUUUUCUUGAUCUCCUCAGCUUUCCAAAGGUGAAAGAAACAAGGUAUUUCCUGUGGUCUGCUGUGAGGUAUGCUCUCCUUCCAAGUGGGUAACCAUUUAACAUUGUGCCAUCUAGCAAUGGGUGGCGUGUGAAUCCUUGGAAGUUAUGAUUUAUGAAGAGGCCAUUUGACUCUACUAGUUGACAUUUGAUAUUAUCCUCCAUGUGAAUAUGAUUUAAGUAAUUAGCUGAGCUUAAAUUUACAUUUACAUAAUAGUGACAUGUCAUGGUGGAAUUUGAUUUAAUUCUACCGGAUAAUUGGGAUUACUGACUGAUUGCUGGAUUACUAGUCAUGUAGCUUCACCACUAUUCUUAGCAAAGCCCUAUAAAACUGACAACUAUGGGCAAUAGUCAUAUUCCCUUUUAAUAAGAUGUGAGUAUUCUGUGCUAUUUGUGCUUUCAUCAGAUAGUGGUGUAAGGAGAAAAUUAGUAAUGAAACAGAAGGUUUCCGAAGGAUUGAUGUUAGCUUUGGCAGUUUUCUCAACACUAUUCUCUCAAACACAAGCAUUAAAUAGUAGUCCCUCCUACUCCUUACCAUUCUACAUAACCUGAGCUUUGCCCAAUACCAGAAAUUUGUGAUCACCCAUAGUUUCAGUCAACUGGAUUACUAUCAGACUUCAUGCCUGAGACUGAACUGUUGGAAAGCAAGAGUUUGUGGGAACAGCAUGGCAAGCUGAAUGUUUCUCAUUUUGGUAACUUUGAUAAAUGAAAACAUUUUAUAAAAUACCAUAACUAUUUUUGAGACUAUAAUCUGUCCAUCUGUUGUCUAAACCUUACCUCAAGCAUGUGUACCUGUUCUCGAAACAGUUCACUUUGCAAUGUGAUCUUUAUACUAGAGAACUCAGGAAAUUAAACCUCAAUUGGAACACAUGAGAAUUGAUGUUGAUAUAACUUGAAGCUUCAAAGUUAAUUUUAUUUCUCAGAGCAAAAUAACCUAAUCCCAGGAAUGUUUGCAGUGGUGGAAAUUUCUUUAAGAGUCCAUCCACACUGGAGGUUUGGGAUUAGCUAUAAAAUUGUUCCAUAGUCAUUGUGACAAAGUUAAUGCUAAUUCUUGGAAUGAUCUUGAAAGAUGGCAUUUUUUUCAGAGAUUGGUUGGGUAAUGCGUCUGUACAUUAUGUUGACAGUGUUUGCUAUCAGCCUAUAAAGAGCAGUUUAAAAAGCUUUGUCAAAUGCAGUGUAUUUACCAGGUGGACACUGAUUAUUUUUCAUUCUAAACUUCCGUUUUGUCCUGUAUGUUAGUGUUAUCUGUAGGCUUUGUUCCUUUGUUGACACUGUUUUAACUAUUUCAUAAUGAUGCAGAGUGUAGCACACUUUAGAAAUCUUCUAAUGUUCACAAAUAAAAAUAAAAUCCCUAAGAACAUUGAUCAUAAUAUCCUGUACAUAAAUCUGAGUUAAUUACUACAAAGUACAGAUUACUGCCUGAGGAAAUGGGCAAUCCCUAAAAACAGAUCAAUUCUUUGAUGUGCAAAACUUAGCAUAUAAAUAACUUAAUAAUCAGAGUUAAUUCUGGUGAUUUUAAAGUAACUUAUCCUCAGUCAAAUAGCCUUAGGUUUAUCCUUUUUUUGUAAAUAAUUUUUGAGCUGGAAUUCUGAGAAUGAUAGGAACAUUUAUUUUAGUUCUGUAUUGGCAACACAAGUAAUUUAUUCCUUUGAAAUUUAGGUCAGACUGGCUGGAAAACCAAGUACUUUUCAUUUGAUCACUGUAAUAGUUCAUUGAUUGUAUUCAUCUUCCCUGAAAUUUCAACCAGUCACCGUUCACUAAAUUGAUGCUUCAGUUGAAGUUGUUGACUGUACAUUUUAUAUCAUUUUAUUAAGAUAACUGUAAACUUAAUUUCAUUUCAAGACAACCACCUUUUUAAUCAUACUUUAUAGCCCAGUUAGAGUAAAGGCAAUUAUAGCCUGUGAUCUUACAGUGUGUAUUUUGCAGGUUCUUUGUUUCAUGUAAAUAAUUAUGGGCCUUAUAAUUUUACAAGCUUGUAAUAUAUUUUGGAGUUGUUGAUUUUGCAUACAAAUGUUUCAGUUCUUCUGAGUGAUAAAGGGCAAGAUGAAUUGGCAAUAUUGUAUCAUUUAGCAUUAAGACAGAAGGAAGUAGAGAUUGAGAUACUGUCCCCGAUAAAGAAAUACAUUCAUUCCUAAAUCUCUACAAUUAUUAUGUGCAUCAUUCUUUUGCACGUACCCUUCCAAGAUAAUGGUUAGAACCAGUGAUAGUACUACCAUCUUCAAUUGCUACCUUUUAUAUCUUGAUUCUGUAGUUGAGCAAUAUUUCUUGUCUACAGAAACUCUGGAAGUCGAUCCAAGUUUUACAAUCUAUAACAAGUACUCUUUGUAUGCACCAUUUCUAUUUCCAUUCAAAACAUUGAAGGCUGUCACUAAAUUUUUGAAGGUUUGUGUUGCAAAACUCUAUGUGGUAGAUACUAGUUUGAGAUUGUCUGCAUACAUUCCAUUUCUGACCCAUAAGAACAAUAAGAGGCUAUCUUAAACUUUCCAUGGGUAGGGUUGCACCUAAAUCUUCUGAGGUUACCUUCUCCGUUACAUAGCCACCUUAAAAUUUGGUGAUUAAAACAUGUUCCUGUGAACCUCUGCUCAAUUUAUGCAUCACAGAUGCUAACAUUAGAUGCUAACAUUUGGAGCCAGUAUAAAUAACUGGAAAUAACAGAGUUGAACUCUUGUGUGCCUUGAGUAGGAUAUUAUGGAAAGAAUAAAAGUCUGACUCUGUCAUAAUUUUAGAUACUGUGAUUGCAGAUACUGAAUUGGCUCCCAUAAACAUAUGCACAAGUGGAAAAAAGAUAAAAGUAGAAUACAUUCCCUAAAGCACUUGCGGUAUAUUUUACAAAAAAUAUAUUUUUAAAAUCUAUUGUGAUAAGUCCUUAUAAAUGGAGGGUCAUCAGCAUAUUUUCUCUCAAAAGCACUAUUAUAAAAAGCAAUAUUAUCAUUCCAUAAUUUUUAGCAGUAAUUUUGUACAAAUGUCUCCUUUGGACUUUUAUCGGAUGACACUUUAAAAGAUGUUUGAAAUCAUUUUGCUGUUCAACAGUAUAAAUGCAUUCAAUUUUCCACAUCUAAUUACAGUUGAUAAGCACUGCAGCUCAGAAAUCUGUGAUGAAAUUCCAUUUGUAAAUAAAUCUUUGAUCAUAAUUUCUGGGAAUUCGCCAUCUUUUACUACCAAAUCUUUUCUAUGAAAAAUUCUCAAACAUUUCAGAAUUUUUGUGUAAGGUAGUACAUCUAAAAUAUCUGCAAUCUGCCCCAUUUAUACUAAAUCCUUCUAAAGUAAAGAAUACAACAAUUUCUUUUGUUAAAUUUCAAAAUUUCUAACAACAUUCAGAGUCUUUCUCCAUUUACUUCCUGAAGUUUGGGAUAAAUUUAUUAUUUAAAUAUAUCAUCUACUAGCCCACUUCUUCUACUGAUCUGAUCUAUUUCGAACCUUUGAAAAGAUUUGUUGAACUUUUGUCAGUAAAUUUCACAAUUAUUAUUUCUAAUUCCUCCAUUAUGUAAAUCAUGUGUUUUAACUAAUGCUAGAAGACAUCAUCAAGCAAAGUAUUUUCUGUUGGUCAUAAAGAGAACUCAAGUUUUGCAUUCAGUGUAAUGUGUUCAUAAAGUAGCAUCACUAAUAUAUGUAAUUAACAUGCGAUUCUAAUUCACUAGCAUCAAUUAAGCACCUCCCUUGUAUUUGUUUCAUCGUUAAAUGCAUAAAACACAGAUGCAGUGAAAAGUUCACUGGUUAAAUCACAUUUUUUCCCUAGAUUUCCCAGCUGGAUAGUGGCAAAACAAAAUUACUUUAAAUAAGGAAAUGGAACAGAUAUUUUUGUGUUUUGUAUGAUCUUGUUUCAACUAUGAACGUAGUAUCAAUGCUGAAGUUGAUCUGAAGAAUAUUAUUUUAAGAUAAUCACCCAUUAUUUUGGUGUUUUCUCUUUUGUUAUUGGAUGGUAAAUCUUUGGGGUACAGUGGUUAGUGUUGAUUCAUUAUCCUCUACAGGACAGGCAGGACUUUGCCCGUAUUCUCAUCUUCAUAGGCAAGUCAUGUUAGGUCCUGUUGGGCUGAUUGAGAGAGCCAGUCUGCAUUCUCCCUCUGAUAGUACUUAACUGUUGAGUUUUACUCUUUUAGCCCCAUUUUACCUUUUACUUAUUCAUACCCACAUUCUGUUCUCUAUUCUAUUAUUGCUCUAUUCUAAUCUGUAAUAACCUAACUACCACCUUUAGCUAUGCAUUCUAAAAGUAAAACAAUCAUUUCCUCCUUUCCCUGAGCACUACUAUUCUAUUUAUUUUGAAGAAUUGUUUUAUUCCCUCUGUUUCCUGUUGUAUUCACUCCUCUUCGCAUGAAUGUAUCAAUAAAAUUCACAGGAUGUAAAGCAUAUUUUGGUUCAUUUGUGUGCCAUAGGUACACUUUCACAGCCAUUCCCGUCAGUAAAUGUAUGCCAUGGGGAUUUAGGUUGGUUCCUUGAUUUUGUUUUAAGCAUGAAUAAUGGGUGUGAAAGCUAAGCUGAAUUAAAAGGUUUUUUUAAUCCUGCUGGAAAUGUAUAAGAAGUCAGUCAUCAUCUGAGAGAAGAAGCAUUCCUGGUCCUUUUGAAUUCCUCUGCUUUGGUCCAUUAUGCACUUCAGCUGCAGAUUUUAGAAACCUUGUCUGCUCUAGUCUCUUUACUCCACGGGGUUCUGCAUCAUUUUAUUGGCUCAUAAGUUUUGUUUAUGCACGUCAUUAUUUUCCUCAUCAGGAGCUGAUUUCUCUCUCAAAAUCCAUCUCUCCCCUGAUUAUUUUCUGCUUUUGCAACAUCUGCCCUUUAGUCAUAGCUCCAACUUUUAUGAUCAACAUCCUUGUUUUCCUUCUGUAGGAUCUGCUGCUGAGAGUUUUAAUGCAGUGUUUUAAACUGGUGUUUUGUUGUUUGCUAAUUUACGAAGGAUUAUUUCUGGUAUUUAUUUGGAAUGCUUUUCUGAUGUUGCUCAGCAUUAUAUUUGAAGUUGUUUAGGUUCACAUUUCUGUGGCCUGGGGUAGUUCAGUUACAGGUUAAACUAUCCAUGUUAGACAAGACUAAGUCAGAUGGAAACUUAAGUGACUACACAUGCUGGAUUACGGGGCAAUCCCUGUUUAUUUGUCAAUUCUCCAAAUCUUUGUUUGUAUCCAUGUUAUCUGUUGGCUGCCAGCUUCUGUCUCACCCCUCCCACUCACCUCUUUAUACCAGCUGUAUCCCUACCACACUCAGUUCUGAUGAGGUGUCUCAACUGAAAAUAUCAACAAGUCCUCUGCCUCCACAGAUGCUGCUUGACCUUCUGAGUUCUAUAGAAGUUUUACUCAAAUCGUAUAAACCUGUUACCUUCUUUAAAAGACACUGGUCCAUAAGGGUUUUUGUAACUAUCUAAGAGUUUUGUUAGUACCACAUGUGGAUUAUAAUAAAUGUUAUGUACAUAGUACUAUACUUACUAUACAUACAAUUAGUACUGUUGUACUGUACUGUACAUAUUCUGACCCUAAAUGUAGAGUUCUAUUCCUGUGGGCAUUAAGUUUUUUGAUUUAUCUAAUUUUCAUUUUCUACUGACCUUCAUGCUCAGCAUCAACACAGUUUACCUUGCUGAAGCAGUCUUUGUAGUUUAUGAGUGAAUGAAAUUAAUGACAGCACUUUGAUCAUAUAUGAGACCAGUGGUGUUGGUUGCCAACAAAGUUACAAAUAAUAGCCAAGCCAUUUAAGCAGGAAAAGUGAACUGAACUCCAUUAAGUGUUGUCAGCCAUUUCUGUUACGGCUGUUUGUUUUUUCAAUUUUGCCAGUAAGAAUCCCAGACUGAUCAGAAAACAUCUAGAAAUUUAGGACAUGCUUUUUUUAUGUGUGUGUUUUUAACUAAGUUUCAUCUCCUUCCUGUCCCAAAGGCAAAGCUUUUGUAUGGUCAAGAAACAAGCUGGCUGCAUUAAACUUACAAUUUAAGGAGGGUAUGCUUAAUAACGGUUAAAAUGCAGUGUAUGUCCUGCUGGUGCCCGUAUUGCUUACAUUAAGACGAAUUCCUUGUACAACUCUGAGUUUCCACUUUUUUAAAAGAUUCAUGUUCAAAUUUCACCCAAAAUUUACUGAGUUUACUGAAUCUUACAAACAAUUUACUGAAUUUAAAACUGAGGUCAUAGCAGGGGAUUAAAAGCAAAACUGUAGAUAUUGCUCAUUGGAACAUAGAAUAUUGAAGAGUACAGCACAGGAACAGACCAUUCGACCCACAGUGUUGUACCAAAGAAGUUAAAAACCAAAUCAAAAACAUCCAAACACUGAUCCCUCCUACUCACAUGUCCAUAUUCCACCCCCCCAUCCUCCUUAUAUCCAUGUGCCUAUCCAAAUGUCUCUUAAAAAUCUGUAAUGUAUUUGCCUCUACCACUAUACCAGGCAUUCAUGACUCUCUGAGUAAAAAAUUUGCCCCUCAUAUCCUCCUUAAACCUACCCCCUCUCACCUUCAAUGCAUGCCCUCUGGAAUUAGACAUUUCAACCCUGGGAAACAGAUACUCUCUGUCCACUUUAUCUAUGCCUAUCAUAAUCUAGUAAACCUCUAUCAUAUCUCCCCUCAGCCUGUGAUGCUGCAGAGAAAACAGCCCAAGUUUAUUCAGUCUCUCAUGAUAGCAUAUGACCUCUAAACCAGGCAGCGUCCUGGUGAACUACUUCUGCAUUAUCUCCAAAGCCUCAACAUCCUUCAUAUGAUUCAUAUGAUGGAGCAGCCAGAACUGUACACAAUACUCCUGAUGUGGCCUAACCAAAGUUUAAUAAAGUUGCUAAUGUAACCUCCUGACUUUUGAACUCAAUGCCUUAUGAAUAAAAGCAAGCAUUCCUUAACCACCCUAUCUCUUGACCUGUGUAGCCACUUUCCUGGAGCUAUGACUUGAACCCCAAGAUCUCUCUGCUCAGCAACAUGAAGGGUCUUGCAUCUUUCCUACCAAGGAGCGCACCUUACAUUUAUCUGGGUUAAACUCCAUCUGCCAUUUCUCAGCCCACAUCUACAACUGAUCUAUAUCGCGCUGUAUUCUUUGCCAGUCCUCUACACUAUCCUCAACUCCAUCAAUCUUGGUAUCAUUCACAAAUUUACUAACCCACCCAUCUACGUUUUCAUGAAGGUCACUUGUUAUAGAUUACAAACAACAGAGGUCCCAUCACAGACCCCUGCGGAACUCCACUAAUUAGAGACCUCCAUCUGGAAUAACUCCCUUCAACCACUAUCCUCUUUCUUCCAUGUGCAAGCCAGUUCUGAACCCAAACAGCAAUUCGCCGUGGAUCCCGUAAUCUCGAUAUUUUGGAUUAGCCUCCCAUGAGGGACUUUGUCAAAUGCCUUACUGAAAUCCAUAUAGACAACAUCCACUGCCCUGCCCUCAUCAAUCUCUCUCGUCACCUUGUUAAAAACCUCAAUCAAGUUGGUAAGGCAUGACUUGCCCCACACAAAGCCAUGCUGGCUCUCUUAAUUAGGCCAUGGGUUUCCAAAUGCUCAUAUAUCUCAUCCCUAAAAAAUUUCUCCAGCAGUUUCCUUACACCUGACGUGAAAUUCACAGCUCUGUAGUUCCUGGGAUCUUGCCUUGUUCCCUUCUUAAGUAGAAGUACAAGAUUAGCCACUCACCAGUCCUACAGUACCUCACUUGUGGCUGGAGAAGACACAAAAAUACUGGUGGAGGCCCAGCAAGCUCAUUUCUUGCCUUCUUCAAUAACCUGAGGUAAAUCCCAUUGGGUCCUGGGGAUCUAUUCACCCUAAUAGUCCUUAAGAGGCCCAACACUUCCUCCUCCUUGACCUCUAAAUGCCCUAACUCAGCACUGAUCUCCUGGUCCUCCAUAUCCUUUUCGUUGGUAAAUACUGAAGCAAAGUACUCAUUAAGUACCUUACUCAUAUUCCCUGCUUCCGAGCAAAUAUUACCCUCUUUAUCCUUGAGUGGUCCCAUCCUCUUCCUAAUUAUCCUCUUACUCUUGAUGUAUGUAUAGAAUGCCUUAGGAUUCACCUUAAUCCUACUUGCAAAGGACUUUUCAUUGCCCUUCCUGGCUUUCCUAAUUCUUUAGUUCUUUAAUUCCCUUCUUUAGUUCUCUUCUGGCUUCUGUUUACUCAUGUGCUUCAUUUGAUCCUGACUUCUAAAGCUUUACAGACUCCUAACAUUUUUUUCUUGACUAAAUUCAUCAACUCUCUGGACGUCCAAGGUUCUCUUAUCUUUCCAUCCCUGUCCUUCCUUCUAACAGGAACAUAUCUUUCCUGUACUUUGUGUAAUUGAUCUUUAAACACCGUCCAUGUGACUAAUGUGGACUUGCCAGAGAAAAGGUAUGCCCAAUUCAUGCUUCUUAGUUCCUGCCUAAUGCCCUUGUGAUUUGCCCUACUGCAAGAUAAAAUUUUCCUGCAAGGACCAUACUUAUUCUUAUCCUGGAAGUUAAGGAGAGUGGUCACUGUUCCCUCACUGCUCACCCACUGAAACAUCAGUUAUCUGGCCAGGCUCAUUACCCAACACCAGGUCAAGUAUGACUCCUCAUCUUGUUGGACCAUCCACAUACUGAAUCAAAAAGCCUUCCUGGAUACACUUAACAAAUUCAGCCCCAUUAAAACCCCUUGCACUAAGAAGGUCCCAGUUUAUAUCGGAAGUUGAAAGUCCCCAUGACAAAAACCCUAUUGUUCUGACACAUUUCCUUAAUCUGAUUCAUAUCUGUUGCUCAAAUGUCCAGGUGGCUUUUAGGGAGUCCGUAGUACAAUCCCAUCAGUGUGAUUGCACCCUCUGUAUUCCUGAGUUCCACCCAACUGGACUCAGUGUCUGACCCCUCCAUUAUGUCUUGAGUGCGGCUGUGAUGUUGUCUCUGAUUAGUAGUGCAACUCCAUCCCCUCUUUUACCUCCUCCUCAAUCAUUUCUAAAGCUUCGAAACCUGGUACAUUAAUCGCCCAUUCUUGCUCCUCUCUCAACCAAGUUUCAGUAAUGGCAACAGCAUCAUAAUUCCAUGUACUGAUCCAUGCUCCAUCUUCAUCACUCUUACCCAUAAGCAAGAGGAGAAAGACAAAAGCAAGUCAUCAGUAAGAUGAAAGACGUAAUGUAUAAUGCUCACGUAAAAAUGGAUUUUCACAGAUUAGCAUCACACAAUCCAGAAGUCACACUUAAGAGUACAUUUGACUUGGUAACUUAAACAGUGAAUCUCAUGAAUUUCUGUCUCACCAGCUGCUGAGAGAUGCAAUUAAGAAAAUCAUGUUUAGGAAGAUAUGCUAACUAGUGGCAGUUCAUCUGACAACUACCAAAAUUCCUUUUUGCUGAGAAAUCAUCAGUGAUUGUGAUUCAGAGCUGCAGGGUCUAGAAUGUAGAAAUCAGAACAUAGUACGUUGAUAUUCAUUAAAGUUGGGAUACUAUACAAGUAUUCGUGAGUUGUUCUUGCAACAUGGAAGUUGUGGCUUGGCUUAGUCUCAGAUUUGGAGAAGAAAUAAGAAGUGAUAACAGUGUGAAAGUGUCUAGGAUUUAAUUUGCAGGUGGAGAUUAUGUUUGUUUAUUUGUGUUAAGACAUUCAUCAUGUCUCUCCUCACUCUGAGCACUGCUUAAAUGCUCUGAAAAAUGUCCCUUGUAUCUUACUUUCAGAUAGAGCAAUUGCAGAGUCUGGAUAGAUUGAAAGCAUUAAUCUAUUGUCCUCAUGAAAGGUGAAAAUUGUCACCAUCAAAGGAGACCAGGCUGAAAUAUGUUAAUAUUGCAUCUAGAAGGAAGGUUGUAAUGGACAUCCAGAACCCUGAAUAUUGAUAUAUAAGGGUGAUAUUCUGAGAGAAAAUGAUAGUCUUCUCCCUCAUAUUUUCCUUUCUUACAAUGUGCCUAGUGAUGACACUGCAGUUAUGAUAGCAAUGGAAAGUUAUGCCUUUUGCUUAGUGUCAGAGGUGGACUGUACAGUCUUGUGGCUGGUUGUAUUUGCUACAGUGCAGUGAGAGAUUAUCUCCUCAGUUGCAGUGAAAUAGAACAUGAUCCCAUUGUUAAAUAGUCCAGCCAAUGAGCCAUGAAAACAAACAAAGCAACGUCACCUAUUUAUACAACUCAGAAUAAUAAGAUUUAACUAGUCGUUUCUUUCCUCAGAUGCUGACUAACUUGCUGAGUGCUUUUGGCUUCUUUGGAUUUCCAACAUGUGCAGCUUUCAGUUUUGGAGUUACAGCAAUAGAUUAUCUUUGACUAUGGCAAAUAAGUUUCACUUCUGCCUUUUGAGCUUGAGCACUUAUACAACAUUAAUUUCUAUAGCACAUAUCUGAAUCAUGGUUCUCUAAGUUGAGGUGAGACAGUAGUUUUAACCUUUGCUCCAGCCUCCUAGAGCCCCCUUUAAAUCAAGUUGUUCAAUAGUAAGUAGAAAGAGAAAACCGCUCAUUAAACCUUUUUCCAUUUUGUUGGGGAGAGUGGUGGAAAUCCAUGGAAUUAUACAUUACCAUCUGUGCAAUAAUUAUUAACCACCUGUGGACCGUUUCUGUACUGCCCCAUGUACUACAGCAGCACGCUUGUGUGACAUACCUACCUUAACAAUUUUAAUAAGCUUAUUGUCUUUACCCACUCCCCAAAUGUUUUGUGAUGUCUUACAGUUUAAAAGUAUUCCGUUUAUUAAUGCCAUCACAUACUGAAUAUUUUAGAUGAUUUUUAGAAUUUGCUAUUCACAGUCACAGAAAGAGUUCACGAUGAUAAACCCAGAUGACCAAAACAAAGUGUCAUUCUUGUGCACAUGACUUUAUGCUAACCAUUUUUCACUGUGAUCCACGUUUCAUAGUUGUUUUUCUUGGUAUUAGGAAUUGGUCAAAACUUUUCUAUAUGGCUGGCAGAAAUGGAAUCUGCUCCCUCUGUGGCAGAAUCAGGUUUCUCUCUGUCUCUGGUGAUUAGUCAUACUGCAUACUUUGUUCUCAGCACUGUAAACAGUCCUUAUAUAAUAUGGAGAAGCAAUAUCACUGUAUGAAACUCACAUGAUGUAUUAUUCACUAGCACCCUAGGUGUGAUAAUUGAAGUAAAUAUCUUUUAUACAAACACAGUAUUGGCCUUCAUUGUCUUUAUUUGUGUGUAAUCAUUCAAAACCAAUAAUUUAAUUUGUUAUACAAAGAGAGAAAAUGAUCCGAUGUUUUAGCUUUAUAAUAUGUCUGUUUAAAAAUGUUCUUUAUAUUAAAGUGCAUUCUUCUGUUCCUUUCUGAGGGAAUAUCUGUCUGAAAAAUGUUACCUUUGUGUGGUGAUGUCCAGGUGCUAAUAGCCCGGUACCAGUGUAUAAACUCAGACCCAUCUUAUUGUGCAGUUUGAAAAGCCACUGUAUUCCUACUUACAUCAGGCAGAUGCUCAGUUAUUCUCUUCCACAGAAGGCCUGUGUGAUUUGUAUUAGCCUGUUGGACAUCCUCUCCUCAACAGCCAACCUGAUGGGCUUUCCUUCUCUUCCUGUCUUAAUUCAGGUAGGCCACUUCAAUCUGCUUACACCUUGAAUGUGAAUGACUGAGGGCUAGUGAUAUCCAGCCUCUGUUGCAUGAUUCAAUUGGAAUCUUUUCAUAGGAACAUAGGACGUUCAUUUGUGUUGUCCUCAACCUCUGAAAACCUUGUUCCUAUCUUUCAUCCCACAUCUAUUUUUUCUCAGUUUAAGGGAAAACAAGGCUGAAUCUUGCUGUGAGUUGAAUGGAUGAAUCCCAUUUUGAAGGUCAAAGCAAGAUUUGCUAAAGGGUGUAGUCGAAAUGCUGAAUCUUAUGGUACAUAAUACAAAGUUAUAUCCUUUUGUGGGCUGAACAUCUUCAGCACAUUGACACAUAAUCAAUGUGUAUCAUUUGACUAUUUCUCUGCUCUUACCUGAACUACUAGAUUUCUGAGUUUGAAAAUGUUCUUUUUCACCAUACUCUCCCAAAAGGUCAAUGAUUGAUGUAAGGUCUUUUAUAGCAUCAUCCCUUAGUGGAAAUCCUAGGAGCUGAAGACAUCUGGAAGACUUGGUUUUAGUAGGCUUCUGAGAGACUCUCUACUUUCAGUAUGUCCUUAGUUGUUAGUGAGAUUGAUGCCAGGGUAGCUCUCUGAGUGACUUGGAGGAUACACAAUUUAGGAUACGUUCCCGAGAGACACAAAUGGGCCAAAUAAGUUAUUAUGGCAAUCAUGCUUGCUGGUUAUAUCUGGGUUUUUUAAUGUAGAUUUAGUUCGUGUUAACAUAUUAACUAUCCCUAGCUUCCAGUGGAUUAUUUAUGUCUGUUGCAUGUCUCACAUAAAUGCAGUUAUGUGUUGCAGUUCUUAGAUGUGCCUGAGCACGCUCUUAGCAUGCCUUUCUCCACACCCUAGUGAACCCUGGCUUGACUCUGUAAUGGUGCAGUGAGAAAGCAGCCAGCCUGUGCAGUUAGAAAUCACGGUGUCUCAUGGAUUCCCAGGUUUGACAUCUGCUCAGAAUUUAAAUGAUUUAGCAUUUUGGUACUGAUUGGUGCCAGGAUGGGACUUGUCUCCACAAGGUCAGUGAGAACAAGAAAUCUGACAUUAGAAUUAGGAGUAGGAGUAGGCUGGCUGCUGUUUGAACCUGUUGUGCCAUUCAACAAGAUCAUAGCUGAUCAUACACCUCUUGCUCCAUUUCUUGCACUUUCCUCAUAUUUCCUUGCUCUCUUAAUAUACAGAAAUCUUUGGAAUUACAUUCUAAAUAAAUUCAAUGACUUGAGUCCCCAAGCCCUGUUGAGUAGAGAAUUCCAAAGUGUGUCAACGUUGCUGCUCGUUUUCAUCCUAUAUGGCUUAUAUUCUGAAACUGUACUCAUUGCCCUACACUCCUGGGCCAGGGUAAACAUUUCUGCUAUCUCCUUAAGUACAAACACUGUAGAUCCAUUCUGUCCUCAUAUUUGGCCAGCCAUUGGUACAGCAGCUCUUGAGGUGAUGGACAUUGAAGGUGCAGCCUACUUUAGGUUCAGUCCCCUCUCUCUCUGGAGUUUGCAUGUUCUCCCUGUAACCAAGUUGGUGCUCCAGUUUCCUCCCACAUCCCAAAUACGUGCAUGUUGAUAGGUUAAUUGACCAUUGUAAAUCAACCCUGUGACAGGGAAAUUGGGAAGCUGAUGAGAAUAAGAGUAAGAGAGAGAGAAUAUGUUACAGAGGAACAAUGGAGUGAAAGGGUUGAUGGAAUUAAUGAGAACUGGAUAAACUUGAUGGGAUAGAUGAAUUUCCUGAAUGGGUUCAAUGACAUAUAUGAAAGCUUGACUUUAUUCUGCCCCUUAGUCAAGACUAAAACAACCACCAGAAAUAACCUCUACUUACUUAUUAUUGCUUUUUAAAUAUUAUCAUUUCAUUAAUAUUCUGACAAUAUUACGCUGACGCUGCAAACUUUUCAUGUUCAGGGAAGGUGAUAUGAUAGCUAAGGUGUGCAACAAAUGCUGACAACUCCCAGAUCCUGAAAAUGAAUGUUGUUUCACCCUUGCACCUUCCUGUGCUCAAAACUGUUGUCUACACAUGGUAUCAUUGUUGGACAGCAUGGAGAUCAGCAACGUCAUAGACUCCCUGAGUAGCCAACAUCAUGGAGCUUCUAACAGGGGUAUAUUGAUCUCAUUCAGAGGAGUGUAACUGUUAAGUACCUCACUGUAUUAGGAAUUGAGCUUCCCUUUAACUCCAUAAAGGUUGGUGAAUGUUGCAGUGCUCAGUUUUGACAUGUGCUUGCCCAAGAUGAGAUUAAUAUUUGAUUUGUUCAAUAUCUUGAUUUGCCUCAGAGCAGAGAUAGCACACCUUUUGAAGAGUAUAAUUGUCAAAAUGUAACAGCUAACUAAAAUUGGAGUAAUACUGUGAUAUGGUGAGAGGAACAAAGGAUUGUAUGCUAGAAUCAGAAUCAGGUUCAAUAUUGCUGGCUAUAUGUGGUGAAAUGUCCUUGGCAGCAGUACAUUGCAAUACAUAAUAAUAAAAAAAGCUAUAAAUUACAAUAAGUAUAUAUUUUAAAAAGUUAAAUAAUUAGUGCAAAAAGAGAGGAAAAAAUAAUGAGAUAACGUCCAUUCGGAAAUCUGAUGGUGGCCAGGAAGAAGCUGCUCCUGAAACAUUGCGUGAAUGUCUUCAGGCUCCUAUACUACCUCCUUGAUUGUAGCAAAGAGGGCGUGCCCGGGGUGAUGGGGGUAUUUAGUGAUCAAUGCCACGGUGCUGAGGAGGCUAGUGUCUAUGAUGGAGCUGGCUGGGUUUACAACUUAGCAGCUUUUUUGAUCCUGUGCAAUGGCCCCUCCAUACCAGACAGGGAUGCAACCAGUUAGAAUACAUAAUGAACACCCAACAUAACUGAUAAAUCACCCAAUUUUCUGCUCUAUUUGCUAAUGAAUGCAGCUUUGUGAUGCUAAUUUUUUUUUGUGCUGGAAAUCGGUGAUUUGUGCCACAGAAAGAAAUUGUAGCCUUUAAAUGGCACAAGUAGCAGUGCUAUAAUGAGAUAGGUUGCAUUUAUUAGUGGUGAGAACACACUAGUAAUUUAGAAGACACGAGGACAAGGGAACAGUGAUAAACUGGAUUUUGGUGCCAAGAACUGUUGACUUUAAUUAAUACUUGAGAUCUGAAACUGUGCUGGAACCAUACAUCACUGAGGGACUGGAGAAAGCCUCUUGUGUACACUGCAUUCGCAAAAAACUUAUUUGCGGAGAAGCCAGAGACUGAAUGGAGAGCUGAUCAGCUGAGAAUUACUGUCAUAAUCUGAUCUGUGUCAUGGUAGGAAUUUAAAUUUAAAUCCUGACUCACAUCUUAUUUUCUUUAUACUUUUUUAAAAUUUAACCAAUAAUUUCAUAGACGUUCCAUGUAAGUUUUAAAGUCACUGCUCUUCUGCACAGGUUGUAGCUGUUUACAUAUGUACCAAAUGGAGCAGUUGUUGGUUUUUCCUGUUCUGUUGGGGAAGUGGGCCAAGGAAUAGCAGAUGGAGUUUAACUCAGACAGGUGAGAGCAGUAAGCUUAACCAAUGGCAGGACUUUCACAGUAAAUUGCAGGGCCUGGAAAGUGUUGUGGAACUGAAAGACAUAGUACAUAAUACGUAGACAGGUAGGAAAUAGAGACACUGGCAGAAGGGUGGUGAAGAAAGCAUUUGGCACACUGGCCUUCAGUUCGCGUACUGAAUGCAGAAGUUGGGACAUUAUGUUACAGCUGUGCAAGCUAUUGGUGACACCACAUUUGGAGUAUUGUGUGCAGUUCUGAUCGCCCAUCUAUAGGAAGGAUGUCAUUAAGCUGGGAAGAUUCACAAAGAUGUGACUGAAGGACUUGAGUUGUGGGAGGCACAGUGUCAUUGUGAUUAGUUGGGGUUCAAUUGCUACCGCCGUUUGUACGUUCUCCCUCUGACCAUGUGGGUUUCUUCCGGGUGCUCUGGGUUCCUCCUACGUUCCAAUGAUGUAUGGGUUAGUAGGUUAAUUGGUCGCAUAGUGUAAUUGGGCAGGCCAGAAGGCAGAAGUACCUCUAAAUAAAAUAAAUAUUAUAAAGAGAGACUUUUUUUUAUUCUUGGAGCAUAGUUGGCUGAGAGGUGACUUUAUAAAGGCGUAUAAAAUCAUUAGGGGUAGAGGUGAAUGGCCACAGUUUAUUUUUUGCCCCAGGCUAGGGGAGUCUGAAACUAGAGGGAAUAGGUUUAAAUCAGAGGGGAAAGAUUUAAAAGGACUUAAGCAGCAAGGUUUUCGUAUACAGGCUGAGGGGUAUCUGAAACAAGCUACCAGAGGAAGCUACAGAGGUGGAUACAAUUUGAUGUUUAAAAGAUGUUUGAACAGGUACAUGGAUAGGAAAGGUUUAGAGCAGGGGUUCCCAAUCUUUUUUAUGUCAUGGAGCAAUACCAUUAAACAGGGCCCAGGUUGGGACCCCCUGCUUUAGAAGAAUAUGGGCUCAGAUAGAUAACUUGAUUGACAUGGCAAGUUGAACUGGAAGGCCUUUUUUCUGUGCUGUAUAAUUCUGUGACUUCCAUGCUAUCACAUGUAGCAUAAAACAUAUAGAAUCAGGCCCUUUUGGCCCAUCUAGUCUGUUCCGAACUAUUAAAUUGCUGAGUCCAAUUGACCUGCACCCAGGCAUAGCCCUCCUUACCCUUUCCUUCCAUGUACCUAGCUAAACUUCUCUGAAACUUUGAAACCAAGCUUGCUUGCACCACAUGUGCUGGCAGCUCAUAACAAACUCUCAAGGCCCUCUGAGUGAAGAAGUUUCCCCUCAUAUUCCCCUUAAAUAUUUCACCUUUCACCCUUAACCCACGACCUCUACUUGUAAUCCCACCCUAGUUGUUUGCUUCUAAGAUUAACUAUUGACUCGUAAUUUACUAUGUAAAGGACCAUGCCAUCUUAACUGUCAGCUAUUCUUCACCACUUUUUGAACCAAUUCAAGGUAGUGCAAACUAUUCCCAUGAUCACAAGGUCUUAACAAGUCCUUACAAGUUUAUGCUUAUAACUUUGGGCUAGAAGUUGCUGAAUACAUAAUACAUAUUUAUUUGUGUAGGGGCUAUCCUCGAGUAAACUUUAUGUUUUGUUCUGUGACUUGUUUAUUCUAGUGUGUGCAUUAAUGAAUUGUAAUCUUACUGUUUUGAUCUUUUCCUCUGUUCCCUUCUGCAGUAAAUCAAGAGCAAGAAAUGGUGUUGAUUAAUGCUUCUGCCGGUACAUCUCCAGUCUGCUGACAUGAUUCACAUCUGCCUUCCAUCAAUUUUUGUCUGCAGUUACACUUCUAUAUUUCUUCUUCAGCUAGUUUGUCGUGUUGAAAGCACCAUCCAUUAUUAUAAAAUGGUUUUUGGUUGUGAAACUAAACUGGAUCCUAUUUGAAAAUGUAAUAUCCUUGCCUUGCAGAAUUCUAAAUUCAUCUCCAGAAAUUAAGCAUUAAAGCAAAAACAAUAACAGGGAAGUAUGGUUUAAAAAGAAUUAAUAUAUCCGAGGUUUGCCAUGUACUGGAUUUAGAAAGGAAAAGUAUUGCAGAAGGAACCACUGUGAGUGUUUUGUUACCCAGUCUGUACAUUAUGUUAAAGGGGCUUGAAUUAGUCAAUGUUUUCUGAAUAAAAUCUUCAUUGCCGGUAUGGGUUCAAAGCAUCAUCAAAUUGUAUCUCUUUUUAUUGAUUAGGAUAAGAAUGAUGUUUAGUUUAUAUUAGGGAAUCUGUUAAAUAUUAAUUUAAUGUUUCACGUUCUUUUCCAAGUUAAAGUUCAUGAUGGUUAUAGUUUUGGGCACAUUUUCUACUUUCAAAGCUUACAAUAGUUUAAUCAUAUUUUCCACAUCCUUUCUUUGAGUCAAAGGGAAAAAAAUGAGAUUUGCAUAAUCUUUUUGGUUUAAUCUACCCAAUAAUACAGUGGGUUCAAUGAAGUAGCUACAAAUUACAAAGAUUCAUUGUAUGUGAGUGUAUACCUCAGCAAUACUUGGUAAAUUGGUUCAUUAUGGUCACGUACUGAGGUACACUGAAAAAGCUUGUUUUGCAUGUCAUGCAUACAAAUUAUUUUAUCACAUCAGUACAUUGAGGUAGUAGAAGGGAAAACAAUGACCAAAUGCAGAAUACUAUUACAGAUACAGAGGCAGUGCAGUGCGGUGCAGGCAGAGAAUAAGGUACAACACCAUGACAAGGUAGACAGUGAAGUGGAUAGUAUUCUACUAGUGGACCAUUCAGUUGUCUUAUGUCAGAAGGAUAGAAGCUGGUCCUGAAUUUGGUGGUAUGUGCUUUCAGGCUUUUGUAACUCUCUCUGAUGGGAAGGGCGAUAUGAAGGAAUGUCCAGGUUGUGUGAGGAAUUUGAUAAUAUUGGCUGCAUUACUGAGGCAGUGAGAAGUGUAGCCAGAGUUCAUGGAGGUUGGCUUCUGUGAUGUGCUAUGUCCAUGACUCUUUGCAGUUUCUUGUAGUCUUGGGCAGUGCAGAUUCCAUACCAAGUUUUAAUGUUUCUGAAUAGGAUGCUUUCUAUGGUAUCACAAUGGUGAGGGUCAAAGGGGAUAGAAAAUUUCUUGAGCAUCCUGAGGAAGACAGGCACUGGUGAGUUUUCUUGACUAUAUGGGUUGAACCACGACAGUCUAUUGGUAAUAUUUACUCCUAGGAACUUGAAGCGCCAACAUGCUCAAUCUCAGUACCAUUGAUGUAGACAAGAGUGUAUGCAGCACCCACUUCCUGAAGUCAAAUCUUUGUUUUGCUGACAUUGAGGAAAGGUUAUCAUAUCACUAAGCUCUCUAUCUCCUUCCAGUACUCCAACUAAUCGUUAUUUAAGAUUUCACCCACUGCAGUGAAAAAUUGUAGAUGGAGAUAGGGCAGACUCUGGACACUCAGUGCCAGAGUGCUUGGUGAGUAGAGUUGAGAAUGCAGUUUCAUGGGGCACCAGUGUUAAGGGUAAUUGUCUCCAUAGGUUUAUCCCAUUGAAGCAGGGAGAGGAUGGUCGAGUGAAGAAGCCAUUGUUGACAAGAGAUGUGAGACAUCUGGUCAAGAGGAGAAAGAAGCUUACUUAAGGUUUAGGAAACAAGGAUCAGGCAGCUCUCAAGAGAGUGAGGUAGCCAGGAAGGGAAUUAUGAAUGGACUUAGGAAAGCUAGAAGGGGACGUGAGAAGGGCUUGGAGGGUAGGAUUAAGGAAAAUACAUUGGUAUUUGGAGAUGAAAAAAUUAAGUAUAAAGCCAUUUAAUCAAUACAUUUAACAUUAAAACAGAGAACUUAUGUUUUGAAAUGCUAAGUAUGGUGGCUUACAAAACCAAGUUUUUCACUGUAUUUUGGUAUCUGUGACAAUAAAUCAAUCCAAGUUAGCCUAACAUUGCCUGGGAAAUUAUGCUUUAGGUUACUCGUCUCCAUAAAUCAAGCAGAGGUGCCAUGUUUGGUAGAUCUAACCAGUGCAAAUAGAGGUAAAGAAAUAGUGAGCCUGGAGGAAUAAAUCCUGGAAUUAACUGGGCUGUACUUUAGAUAUUGCAACACUUUACAAAACAGCCCUUGAAAAAAAAACACAUUAGUGAAGAAGUUGAGUCUAGACUGGUGUGCCAGAAUAGACUUGAAAGAAGAGUUUGGACCCUUGAAAGUUGUGCUCACACUGUUGAAUUGGCAAAUAAAUUAUGAAAUCAGUCUCCUGUCAGAUUAAGUAAUUGCUUGCACUGUAACCAACAUAAACUUUGUUCUUAAUUUUUCAUUGUUGCCUUCUCUCCUUGCUCAGAUAAAAAAGGAUACAAUUUCUGUUAAUAGUAGAGGCAGUAUGCUUAAAAUUUCUGUGAUGAAGAGUGUACUAGAAGUGUGUAUGGUCAGUCUAAACAUCAAAGUCUGAGAGGUGAAAGACAAUUUUUCUUAUUCCACCUUCUGCCCUGUUCAUGUGUUGUAUUCAAAAAAGUUCUACUUCCAAGAUGUUUAAGUUACAUGUUUCUUCAACUUGUUUCAGUGACCAUUCAACUUAAUAGUACUAUUACUGUCCAACCUGGAAGAAAAUUCUUUUUUGUUAAGUCCUGAUUUUUGACAUUUUAAGUAUGACCUCAAGCCUCCCAUCUCCCAACAAUUCAUAAUUCGUUUAGCAGCUCACUUACCACUUUUUCUAUCCUUUCUCUAGCCUUCUCAUUUUUCUUUAUUUGUUCAGAUCCAAUAAAACUGCAUGUCUGAAGGACAUAAGCUUUUACAGUGGUUUAUAAUCAGUGCCGGUUUUCUUAAAGGUUUAUUUAAGUAUAGGAGAUGAAUGAUAGUGAUAUUUGUCUCCAGGUAGUUGUAUAGGUGUCUGGAUGAGAAUCAAAAACACUGGAAAUCUGAAAUAAAAGAAGAAUCAAUGCUGGAACUAUUCAGUAUGCUGGGCAGCAUAUAUGGAAAGAUGGAGUUAACAUUUUGUUGAAGACCCUUCACUGGAAUUGAAUUUGCAUUUCUGAGUCAAGAGCUCUCUCUACAGAUGCUGCCAAUCUGCUGAAUGUUUCCAAAAUUUUCUGCUUCUGUCUCUGGACGCUAGUCCAGAAAUCUAAAUGUUUCUGCAAACUACUUCUCUCCCAUCACUUAUUUACAAUUUACAAUUAACUACAAUUAAACAUGUUCACUCCUGAUUGUUCAUGGAACAUUAAAGUCUUUCUGAAGGGUUAAAAAUAGAAUGUUCUCAAUUUGGGGAAGGCCAUAUUUACUGAAGUGACUUGAAAAAGUGGUUUGGAAACUGCUAUUUGAAGGUAAACAAUGAGAGGAAGGGAGGGAUUCAGAGAGCUCCUGGUGUUCAGAGCGAGUACAUUCAUGUAGAAUAAUGAUGGUAAUUCUGGAAAGGCGCUUCAGAUGAGGCAAAAUGGGAGCUAAUACCAGCAAUCAAUACUGUAGAAAUCCAGGAGUAUGUAGAAAGUACAGGGGGUGAAAGUAAAGCAGAAGCUAAAGAAUACGAUAAAGGAUUGUAAAAUGAAACUUAAGGAUAUUUCAUUAAUAGAGCAAUAAUGAGAUAACUGAAUUGCAUCAGGCCUAAUGUUUAAAAUUCAGCAGACAAACACUAUAAGAUGCAAAAUGUCCAUUGCAGAUUACAUAAGUGAAAUGUUACAGGACGGUGUUGUUUGCCACUUGCAUUAUGGACAAUUUCAAUGUAGGUUCAGUUAAGUUCCUUUUCCUCAUGUGCUGAGGUAUCUCUGUAGAAAACCUACAGCACAAUACAGGCCCUUCGGCCCACAAAGUUGUGCUGAACAUGUCCCUACCUUAGAAAUUACUAGACUUACCCAUAGCCCUCUAUAUUUCUAAGCUCCAUGUACCUAUCCAAAAGUCUCUUAAAAGACCCUAUCAUAUCGGCUUCCACCACCGUCGCCGGCAGCUCAUUCCAAGCACUCACCACUCUCUGAGUAAAAAACUUACCCCUGACAUCUCCUCUGUACCUACUCCCCAGCACCUUAAACCUGUGUCCUCUUGUGGCAACCAUUUCAGCCCUGGGAAAAAGCCUCUGACUAUCCACACGAUCAAUGUCUCUCAUCGGCUUAUACACCUCUAUCAGGUCACCUCUCAUCCUCCUGUACUUGUGCGCUGCUCCAAAACAUCUUUUUGAAGCUCUCUUUAUUUGAAGUAAAGAGGUGGUACACAGCUUUUCAUGCAUUGAUGUACAUGUCUGCAGAAGAGACAACUAAUGUCUGGAGUUACUACAAUCCAUGGGUUGAGCAGGAUCCUGGCCUUAUGUACUACCCAACUGGCAACGACUCAAGACAAGUGUGGAUUUACUAUCGUCGUAACAAUCUGCUUUUACUGCUAUCCUUAUCAAAUCCAGUGAGCUUAUAGUUAGGUUGCAUUCAUCUGCUUAAAAAGCUCCCCACUAACCAUGACAGCUGUUUGGGUAUUGAACUACACCAGUCCUGUGAAAGUCCAAUACUAGUCCACAAUCCUGGCAUUGUCAGUCCUUCAGGAAAACCACCAGAAAUUGUGCAGUCAGCAUCCUCGGAGACCAUGAGGUCUUCAUGUACUGAUGUCUACACUGCAUACCAUUUGUUGCCUUUGUUGGAUAAACAUGUAAAGCAGUAGGUGAGCAGACAAUAGGAUAUAAUGUGGCCCGGGGACUGAUGGAUAAUUUCUGUGCUUGUUCACCUGCUGCUGCUGCUGCUUAGGAGCAUCAGUGCUAAAACCUGCCCAGUGGGACAGUGCUCCAUUAAUCUGCUGAUGUGAUUACGUGGUGCUGUUACUUUGCAAAAGCUGCCCUGGUUUUUAGCUUUGGAGCCUAGCCUGAAUUUACUGUGCCUUCAAGAACUGAGUGACUGGAUGGAGCAUUUCAGGAAGGCACACAGGGAGCCAUUGCGAUCUGCAGCCCAGCCUGUGUAAGGAUGGUGGCAGUUCCUUUGGGUAUUAGUGGUUUCAUGGAGCAACCAAUCCUGCUGUGAUAUUUCUCAUAAAUUCUCCAGUUGUGGUGGGAUUGGUUGCAUUGGACCAGUAAUCCAGCUUUUUGGACACUUGACUGCAAUUGCACCAAGCCUCAGAACGCAGGAGAGUAAGAGGAGAUAUAGAAGUAUACAGAAGUAUGAGGGCUAUACAGUAGAUAGGGUAAAUACAUGCAGGUGUUUUUUUUUCCCCUGAGGUCAUGUGAAAUUUGAACUAGUGAUCAUAGGUUAAGGGUGAAAGUUGAAAUAUCUAAGGGCAACCUGAGGGGGAACUUCUUUACUCAGAGGGUGAUGCAAACGUGGAAUAAGCUUGCAAGUGGAAGUGGUGGAUGCAGAUUUAAUUGCAACAUUUAAAAGAAGCUUGGAUAGGUACAUGGAUAAGAGCGAUACGGAGAGCUCUGGUCUGGUUGUGGGUAGAUGGGACUAGUUGGCACAGACUGGAUGAGGUGAAGGGCCUGUUUCUGUGCUGUAGAACUCUAUAACUCGGUGUAAGUGGACCAGCAUCUUGCCCUUGUCCACAUCUUUUGUCACCUUAUCUUCUCCGUAAUGAUUGGCCUCAAUUUUUCAUGUUUGCUUUUUUCCAUCUGAGGAAUAAUUGAGCUCAAGAUUACAUCCAGACUUAUCAGCCCUUAGCUUUCGACAUCCCCACUUUUCUCCUUGUUCAUUAGUGCACUAUAUUUCUCAUUCUCCAGUCCUUCUUAUACAGUGCCUGCUGAGUAUUACCAACAUUGUUUUGUCUUUUGCUAUCCCUUGUCCAUCUCUGUCUAUGGGGUAUAAAUAACCCCAGUUGCCCAUCUUCUUUAUUUACUUGGACCUGAUAUAUACUUUCUUUGUUUAGCUGUACAAAAUUUUAGUCUGCUUUUGAACCUGCAUCAUACUACCUGUUACACAAUUCCUGAGAAACUUCCCUCUUCCAGGUGUGCCUGUACGCCUGUCCCAAUCUCUGAUUUUUCCCUGUGUUUAUUUCCCUGACAGUUGUGACUCUUGCUUUGUUAUUUAAGUGUUUUGUUUUCCUCCACUUUUGUCUCCCCUUCCACUGAUGUUUUUACUUUGUGGUUUCCUUUCUUUUUUCUCUCAGAUGCUGACUGACCUGCAGCUUUAUUUUUGAGGAUGUUUUUAUGUGUUUCAUUUUCCGACAUGACCUCUGCUAACAAUUUGUGUUGCUGCUGUUU